GUGCAUUUUUUUUUUCCACGCAGCUUUCAAUACAAUCCACUCGGUAACUCGUUUUAUCCGCAGCGUCCCUGAGUAAACUGCGGCGACAGAAUCUGCAGCAGCAGCUCAGCUCCAGCAGAACUGCUUCGUUUCACUGGGCCGCUAGACGCAAUCUCAUAAAACGAGGCCAAAGUGUGUUAUUUUCAUUUUUAUUUGGUCUUGGGCUGCUGCGCAACAGCACCUUGGAGUGCCGCGGGUGCACCGCCGCGUCCCGUUUCUCUUUACAUGCUUUUAUUUGGAAGAGGAAAAUAAGAGCCGGGGCAUAAACACUGAUAUAUCUCGUGUCUGCUCGCUCCGGUUGGUCAGGCACGCCGUCAUCUCCACAUGGACGUGCCUGUCAAGAAGGAAUAUGGGCGGGCGCAAUAUGGUCACGUGGAGGACUGGAGAGGGGCGCAGUGCGCAGGCAACAGCUGAAAUGAACAGAGUGGUGGAGAGCGCGUGUGCCUCUGGAUAUCACCGAGCUGUCACUCUGCUGAGCACCGACGGCAAAAAUGGCAAUAGUCACGUUUUAAAGCAUUUUUAAGCAAAACGCGCACUGUUGUGCGUAUAGGUUUGGAGCACAUUCCGUAUAAGGAGAGAGACAGAGAGAGAGAGAGGGGAAAAAUCCCGCUUCUUUUGCGCUGAGUGGAACUGAAUCUGCUUUUGACAGCCUGUGGUUUUGUCACCGUUACCGAUGAACUCUAUGAGGGAUCCAUUAAAUCCGGACCACCACAACCAUCACCACCUCACAGGGAAUAAACUCGCCUCUGCUCACCACACGGCUCUGGCGAUGGCAUCGAGUUUACAGCCGCUGCAGCGGACUCUGGACUCGAAACACCGAUUAGAUGUGCACACAGUGUCGGACACGUCCAGUCCAGAAUCUGUCGAGAAAGAGAAGAUCCAAAAUAAAAACGACGACUCGUCAGAUGACCCUUCUAAAAAGAAGCGGCAGCGGCGGCAGAGGACUCACUUCACCAGCCAGCAGCUGCAGGAGCUGGAGGCUACGUUCCAGAGGAACCGCUACCCGGAUAUGAGCACGAGGGAGGAGAUAGCCGUGUGGACCAACCUCACAGAGGCACGGGUCAGGGUGUGGUUCAAAAACCGAAGAGCCAAGUGGAGGAAAAGAGAAAGGAACCAGCAAGCCGAGCUGUGCAAAAACGGCUUCGGCCCGCAGUUUAACGGACUCAUGCAGCCUUAUGACGACAUGUACCCGGGCUACACGUACAACAACUGGGCUGCCAAGGGCCUGACAUCGGCCUCCUUAUCCACCAAAAGCUUCCCUUUCUUCAACUCCAUGAACGUCAAUCCUUUAUCCUCGCAGACGAUGUUCUCGCCGCCCAACUCCAUCUCCUCCAUGACGUCCAGCAUGGUGCCGUCGGCGGUUACCGGCGUGCCGGGCUCCAGCCUCAACAGCCUCAACAACUUGAACAACCUUAGCAACCCGUCCCUCAACUCGGGAGUCCCCACGCCGGCCUGCCCUUACGCGCCACCGACUCCUCCUUACGUGUACCGGGACACUUGUAACUCCAGCCUGGCCAGCCUGAGACUGAAAGCCAAGCAGCACUCGAGUUUCGGAUACGCCAGUGUGCAGAAUCCGGCCACGAAUCUGAGCGCGUGCCAGUACGCCGUAGACAGGCCGGUUUAAUACCCUGUUGCACUGCAGAAAACGCCCAUCGCAGCAAGUCCUACGAGCCGCACACCGAUGCGUAAUUUUUUUAUUUUUUUUAUUUUUUUUGCUCCGGAUGGAUGAACCUGCGGCGAGGUCAUUUCACCUUUAAGGCGCGCGGACAGAUGUUUUCAUCCUCACUUUAUUUUCAAGUUGUCGCCACUCAUUUGUAAAAAAAAAAAAAAAACAACAACAAUAAACCCCCCCCCCCCCCCCCCCCCAUAAAACAGGAAGUGUAAUUUUGAGUGGCGUGUUGUGAUGGUCAUUUUUUGCAGUGUUGUGGGUGAACGCAGGCGGCCACAAGAACAAGAGACUACUGCUUUUUUUCCAUUUUACACAAAAAAGGGGGUAAAAAGAGCACUAAAAAAAUGAACAGGUGAACUCAGAACUCAAACGGGGAGUUUUUAAGUCGAGCAUCGAAACUGUUGUUCAACUUGAGGGUUUUCUGAUGGAUUCUGGACGUUAAAAGCUGUAUAUAUUUGAAUUUAUCAUCUCCUGUUUGUCGAGGCGAAUGCGUUAUAAUCCUCCAGGUCCGAUUUAUCAACGCAUGUGUGUGUGUGGGGGGGUGAGGAAAAAAAAUCCUUAAAGGAAUCAUGUUUUGCUUGCAAACAAAGGGAAUGUAAAUACUAAAACGCACCACUUGUGUGUUUCUAACAUAUUAUAAAUUUAUUAUUAAUGUCUGUGUGAAUAUCGAUUUAGAAUAGCAAUUCUGGAUUUAAAAAAAAA